CACUUCAACUUUUGAAAAUUUCUCUUCUUGUGUUAUCCGAAGCCAAAAACUGGUGCAGCGCUUGCAGCUUUCUUUUCUCCUCCUUAAAACAGUGCUUAACCAGAAAAGAAAAGAAAAGGAAAACAACCAGCUUUCUCUCUCUCCUUAGACUUCGCUCUCCUCUUCUUCCUUACCAUAAGAAAACCAAGCUGAGAUGAAGUCAGCAGCGGCUACACCACAGGCAUUUGUAGACUGAACCAACUCAGCCAACCUGUUCCUUACCAUGAACGUAGGGCAGCGGCCUUAUCCCACGCGCGUUCGGAGUGAUCUCCACGCGCGACCUCAACCACCACCACCACCAGAACCGUCAGUCUACAACAUAAUCCCAAUCCACGACCUACUCACGGACCACCCUUCUCUCCGGUAUCCGGAGGUCCGAGCAGCUGCCUCUGCCCUCCGCACAGUCGGCGACCUCCGUAAACCGCCGUAUGUAACAUGGGACCCGCACUGGGACUUGAUGGACUGGCUUGGUGUCUUCUUUGGGUUUCAGAACGACAGCGUUAGGAACCAGAGAGAACACCUAGUUCUUCACUUAGCAAACUCCCAAAUGCGGCUUGAAAAGCCGCCGCCUGUCCCUGACGCUCUCGACCCCGCCGUUGUCCGCCGGUUUCGGAAGAAAUUGUUGGGAAACUACUCUUCUUGGUGCUCUUAUUUGAGGCGUAAGUCGGAGGUGAUCCUACCGAAAGCUACGAAUGACAAUAGUCUUCGCCGUGAAUUGCUUUAUGUUGGGCUUUUUCUCCUUGUUUGGGGAGAAUCUGCAAAUCUGCGCUUCGUGCCGGAGUGUGUUUGUUAUAUUUAUCAUCAUAUAGCAAUGGAAUUGAAUAAAGUUCUUGAUGAUUGGCCUGACCCUAAUACGGGCAGGGCUUUUUUGCCUUCAAUUUCUGGUGAUUGUGCGUUUUUGAAGAGUAUUGUUAUGCCAUUUUAUAAGACUAUUAAGACUGAGGUUGAGAGUAGUCGAAAUGGGAGUAAGCCACAUUCGGCUUGGAGGAAUUAUGAUGAUAUAAAUGAGUUUUUUUGGAGUAGGAGGUGUUUUAGGAAGUUAAAAUGGCCUAUCGAUUUCUCAUGUAAUUUUUUCGCUGAUGUUGAGAAGAUUAGGAGAGUAGGGAAGACAGGUUUUGUGGAGCAAAGGUCAUUUUGGAAUGUGUUUAGGAGUUUCGAUAAGCUUUGGGUUCUGUUGAUUUUGUAUUUUCAAGCUAGUCUGAUUGUUGCUUGGGAGAGGACUGAAUAUCCGUGGCAGGCGUUGGAGAAGCGAGAUGUUCAGGUGGAGUUGUUGACUUGUUUUAUUACCUGGUCUGGGCUUAGAUUUGUGCAGUCGGUGCUUGAUGCAGGGACGCAGUAUAGCCUGGUUUCGAGGGAAACAUUGUUGUUAGGGUUGAGGAUGGGGUUGAAAAGUAUAGCUGCUUUGACGUGGACCGUGGUGUUUGGAGUCUUUUAUGGGAGGAUUUGGAGUGCAAAGAAUUCUGCUGGGUUUUGGUCUUCCGAGGCAGACAGGAGAAUUGUGACAUUUCUUGAGGCUGCCUUUGUGUUUGUUAUCCCUGAGUUGCUGGCAUUGUUGUUUUUUGUUCUUCCUUGGAUUAGGAAUGCCCUUGAAGAAUUGGAUUGGAGUAUUUUGUAUGUGUUCACUUGGUGGUUUCACACUCGGAUUUUCGUGGGACGUGGACUGCGGGAAGGGCUUCUUAACAAUAUCAGUUAUACACUGUUUUGGAUUGCAGUAUUGGCUUCGAAAUUUGUGUUCAGCUAUUUCCUUCAAAUCAAGCCCCUGGUUGCCCCAACGCAGGCUCUUUUGAAUCUCGGGAAGGUGUCUUACAAUUGGCAUGAGUUUUUCAGUAGCAGUAACAGAAUCGCAGUUGUGCUGUUGUGGCUGCCUGUUGUUCUAAUUUAUUUAAUGGAUUUGCAAAUCUGGUAUGCUAUUUUCUCUUCAUUUGUUGGUGCAGCAAUUGGGUUGUUUUCUCACUUGGGUGAGAUUAGGAAUGUUGAACAGCUUAGGCUUAGGUUUCAGUUCUUUGCUAGUGCUAUGCAAUUUAAUCUCAUGCCUGAAGAACAGUUGCUAAGUCCUAAGAUGACACUGGUGAAGAAGCUCCGUGAUGCAAUCCACAGAUUAAAGCUAAGAUAUGGACUUGGCCAGCCUUACAGAAAGAUUGAAUCAAGCCAAGUGGAGGCAACUAGAUUUGCCUUGAUAUGGAAUGAGAUUGUGACAACAUUUCGGGAAGAAGAUCUCAUCAGUGAUCGGGAAUUUGAACUCUUAGAACUGCCACCUAAUUGUUGGAGUAUUAGGGUUAUUCGCUGGCCAUGCAUCUUGCUCAGCAAUGAGUUGUUGCUUGCCCUGAACCAGGCAAAAGAGCUGGCAGAUGCACCUGAUAGGUGGAUUUGGUUGAAGGCAAGUCAAAGUGAGUAUAGACGGUGCGCUAUAAUUGAAGCAUAUGAUAGCAUCAAGUAUUUGCUUCUUAUGGUUGUUAAACGGGGCACAGAAGAGAAUUCUAUUGUUGCAAAAAUUUUUCAAGAAAUAGAUGAGAAAAUACAUAUCGAGAAGUUCACCGAGUCUUACAAGAUGAAUCUUCUAGAAGAUAUUCUUUCAAAAUUAAUAUCACUUGUUGAGCUUCUGAUGAGACCAUGGAAAGAUCUUAGCAAAGCAGUGAAUAUAUUUCAGGCUUUGUAUGAGAUUUAUGUUCGAGAAUUUCCAAAAAGUAAGAGGAACACUCUGCAAUUGAAACAAGAUGGUUUGGCCCCUCAUGGUCCAGCUUCUGGUGAAGGGUUGCUCUUUGAGAAUGCUAUUGAGUUUCCUGAUGCUGAGGAUGAAUUCUUCAAUAGGCAGGUACGUCGUUUGCACACAGUUCUUACUUCUAGAGACUCAAUGCAUGAUGUCCCAAAGAAUAUCGAGGCAAGGCGACGUAUGGCCUUCUUUAGCAACUCAGUGUUCAUGAACAUGCCCCAUGCUCCCAAUGUCGAGAAAAUGAUGGCUUUCAGUGUUCUGACGCCUUACUAUGAGGAAGAUGUGUGCUUUGGCAAACAAGACAUUCGAACCCCCAAUGAAGAUGGCAUUUCCAUAAUCUUUUAUCUGCAGAAAAUCUAUGAAGAUGAGUGGAAUAAUUUUAUGGAGCGCAUGCGCAGAGAGGGAAUGGAGAAUGAGAACGAAAUCUGGGAGAAGAGGUCUAGGGAUCUCCGACUUUGGGCUUCGCACAGAGGCCAGACACUAUCCCGCACUGUGAGGGGGAUGAUGUAUUAUUAUCGAGCACUUAAGACACUUUCCUAUUUAGAUUCGGCAUCUGAGAUGGAUAUAAGGAUGGGCACACAAGAACUUGCUUCUCAUCACUCAUCGAGAAACAAUCGUGGUUUGGAUGGUCUUAACUCAAUCAAGCCACCCUCCGCACCUAAACUGACCAAAGCUAGCAGCAACGUCAGUCUUUUGUUUAAAGGGCAUGAGUAUGGUAGUGCUCUGAUGAAAUUUACAUAUGUAGUCGCCUGCCAGUUGUAUGGACAGCAAAAGGCAAAGCCAGACCACCGUGCUGAAGAGAUUCUAUAUCUCAUGAAAAAUAAUGAGGCCCUUCGAGUAGCUUAUGUUGAUGAGGUUAAGUUGGGGAGAGAUGGAGUGGAGUAUUAUUCAGUUCUUGUGAAGUAUGAUCAGCAGCUGCAGAGGGAAGUGGAGAUUUAUCGGAUCAGAUUACCUGGUUCCAUAAAGAUUGGAGAAGGGAAGCCUGAAAAUCAGAACCAUGCUAUAAUCUUUACUCGUGGUGAUGCAGUCCAGACCAUUGACAUGAACCAGGAUAAUUACUUUGAAGAGGCACUGAAGAUGCGGAAUUUGCUGGAGGAAUUUAAAGCCUUUUAUGGUAUCAGGAGACCAACCAUUUUAGGAGUCCGUGAGAAUAUCUUCACUGGUUCAGUGUCCUCACUUGCUUGGUUCAUGUCUGCUCAGGAAACAAGUUUUGUGACCCUGGGGCAGCGUGUUCUUGCAAACCCUUUGAAGGUGCGAAUGCAUUACGGUCACCCCGAUGUGUUUGAUAGAUUUUGGUUCUUGCCUAGGGGUGGAAUCAGCAAGGCUUCCAAAGUUAUCAAUAUCAGUGAAGAUAUAUUUGCUGGCUUCAAUUGCACGCUUCGAGGUGGCAAUGUGACACACCAUGAGUAUAUACAGGUAGGUAAGGGAAGGGAUGUUGGCUUGAAUCAGAUUUCAAUGUUUGAGGCAAAGGUUGCAAGCGGCAAUGGUGAGCAGGUUUUGAGCAGGGAUGUAUACCGGUUGGGCCACAGAUUGGAUUUCUUCCGGAUGCUUUCUUUUUACUACUCAACUGUUGGGUUCUACUUCAACACGAUGAUGGUGGUCCUGACUGUUUACACAUUCUUAUGGGGUCGCCUUUAUCUUGCUCUCAGUGGUGUUGAGAAAUAUGCGCUGAACCAUAGCAGCAACAACAAGGCUCUUGGCACAAUUCUGAACCAGCAGUUCAUUAUCCAGCUAGGACUCUUCACUGCCCUCCCAAUGAUCGUAGAGAACACACUUGAGCAUGGAUUUCUUCCGGCAUUGUGGGACUUUCUGACCAUGCAGUUGCAGCUAGCCUCACUUUUUUACACUUUCUCCAUGGGAACUCGUUCCCAUUUCUUUGGUCGGACUCUUCUUCAUGGGGGUGCCAAAUACCGAGCAACGGGUCGUGGUUUUGUGGUGCAGCACAAGAGCUUUGCUGAGAACUAUAGACUCUAUGCACGAAGCCAUUUUGUGAAGGCAGUUGAACUUGGAGUCAUUCUAACAGUUUAUGCUGCCAACAGCCCAUUGGCUCGGAAUACUUUUGUUUACAUUGCCAUGACUAUAUCUAGCUGGUUCCUUGUGAUUUCAUGGAUAAUGGCCCCCUUCGUGUUCAAUCCUUCUGGUUUUGACUGGCUAAAGACUGUAUAUGACUUUGGAGGUUUUAACAAUUGGAUAUGGUAUAGUGGUGGGGUGUUCACAAAAGCAGAACAAAGCUGGGAAACAUGGUGGUAUGAAGAACAGAGCCAUCUGAGAACAACUGGUCUUUGGGGGAAGCUACUGGAGAUUAUUUUAGAUCUUCGUUUUUUCUUCUUCCAAUAUGGUGUUGUAUAUCAUCUUGACAUUUCUGGUGGAAGCACCAGCAUAGUCGUUUACUUGAUAUCUUGGACAUAUAUGGUUGUGGCGGUUGGGAUUUAUGUGAUCAUUGCUUAUGCCAGCGACAAAUUUGCAGCCAAGGAGCACAUCAAAUAUCGUCUAGCACAGCUUAUAGUCAUCGUGCUUAUAGUACUUGUGGUUGUUUUAAUGCUGAAAUUCACUAAUUUGACAGUUCUUGAUCUUGUGAGUAGCCUUUUGGCAUUCAUCCCAACAGGGUGGGGCUUUAUUUGCAUUGCCCAGGUACUGAGACCGUUUCUGGAGUCCACUGUUGUGUGGGAUACUGUGGUGUCCUUGGCUCGGCUGUAUGAUUUGCUGUUUGGGGUAAUUGUUAUGGCUCCUGUUGCAUUGCUGUCUUGGUUGCCUGGAUUCCAGUCAAUGCAGACAAGGAUCCUAUUUAACGAGGCAUUCAGCCGAGGACUCCAAAUAUCUCGAAUCCUCACUGGAAAGAAGUCUAACUGAUAUAUAACUUGAGGUUUCUAGGUUGGACUAGAGAACAUAAGUAGACAAGGUGGCGGACUCCUUUCCCACAGACCAAGGAGUUGGUUUUAUUCUAUGCUGCUGCUACCUGAUCUUUACCACUGUCAACUUCAUCUGCUGCUGCCAUAUCAGAUCAUGUUGUUGCAUUCGACUCAUUUCAAGAUCUUUCUGCUUGUACAAAAUAAAUAGAAAUGAUUCACAGGAAUUUUGAUCCAGCCGCGCAUUUAUUCUUUUCAUGACUUCGUAAAUAUUGUUGAUAUGGUAAGCUCCAGUGCUAGCUUGUUAGGAGUAGUGCCAAGUAUAUUGCCAGUAAUUCUCUUGAAUUCCAUGUCCAUUGCUAGUUAUUCUGUUGCA